AUAUGUUGCUCUGCUUGUGUUCAUCCUGUGGUGUGAAAGCUGUCUAUGUAUAUAAAUAUUUAUUUGGUGUGCUUCCAAAUCGAUCCAAUAUGGAUUUUGCAUUAAAAAAGACAAUUCUCCACACUCUGGCUCUUCUUCUUCUUCUCCUAUCGAUAAUAAUGGAGCCUGUUGUGUGUUUUAGACAUUGGAAAUGGAGUAGUAGUAGUAGUGGGAAAAAAAUUACCUCAGAAGGGAAUGGGGAUCUUGUAACUGGCUUGCCCGGCCAGCCUAAUGUAAACUUCAAGCACUACGCUGGCUAUGUCAGUGUAAAUGAAACAAAGGGAAGGGCACUCUUUUACUGGUUCUAUGAGGCCACGACUCAGGCUGAUGAAAGACCAUUAGUGCUGUGGCUUAAUGGAGGGCCCGGGUGCUCUUCUGUGGGAUAUGGAGCAACACAAGAGAUUGGUCCUUUUCUAGUGGAUACGCAUGGAAAUGGACUUAAAUAUAAUCCCUACUCAUGGAACACAAAAGCCAACAUAUUAUUCCUGGAAUCUCCUGUUGGGGUCGGUUUUUCAUACUCGAAUACAACUAGUGAUUACAUUAAUUUGGGAGAUGAAUUUACAGCAAAUGAUGCAUAUAUCUUCCUCCACAAGUGGUUCCUCAAGUUCCCUUCAUAUAGAACGCAAACCUUCUAUAUUGCUGGAGAAAGCUAUGCAGGAAAAUACGUUCCAGAACUUGCUGAGCUCAUCCAUGACAAGAACAAAGAUCCUUUUCUUUAUAUCGAUCUCAAGGGUAUUUUGUUGGGUAAUCCUGAAACAUCUGAUGCUGAGGACUGGAGAGGUCUAGUGGAUUAUGCUUGGAGUCAUGCUGUGAUAUCGGAUGAGACUCAUAAAAUAAUCAAAUCAAGCUGUGAUUUUAACGUUAAUGAUACAUGGAGCAACAAUGAUUGUAGUGAAGCCAUUGAUGAAGUACUCAAACAGUAUAAGGAGAUUGAUAUCUAUAGCCUCUACACCUCAGUCUGUACUGGCAAUUCAGCUGAUUCAGAUAACAAAUCAAUUCAAGUCAUGAUGAAGCGCACAUCUAAGAUGAUGCCAAGAAUCAUGGGUGGUUACGAUCCAUGCCUUGAUGAAUAUGCUAAGACAUUCUACAACAGACCAGAUGUUCAGAAGGCUCUACAUGUUAGUGAUGGUCACCAGCUAAAGAACUGGAGCAUCUGCAAUAUGAAUAUAUUUGACAAGUGGUCAGACUCAAAACCAUCUGUCCUUCCUAUAUACAAGAAGCUAAUUACAGCAGGACUUAGAAUAUGGGUCUACAGUGGAGACACAGAUGGAAGAGUUCCUGUAUUGUCUACAAGAUACAGCUUAAGUGCCCUGGGACUACUCAUCACCAAGGCAUGGAGGCCUUGGUACCACCAGAAAGAGGUCAGUGGUUGGUUCCAAGAAUACGAGGGACUUACUUUUGCAACGUUUAGAGGACCUGGCCAUGCAGUACCUUGCUUCAAACCAAGCGACUCAUUGGCAUUUUUCUCAGCCUUUCUCCAAGGAGAAUCUCCACCAGCUGCUCGUUAAAUCAAAACUUACAGCGGAUUGUCUCUGUUGCUCUCCCAAAAGAUUUUGGUCUUAGUUUUCUAGCUUGUUAUGUGUAAUUACAUAGAGAUCACUCCUCAGUAUAGAGAGUGUUGCCCUAUAGUACGUCUAGGCAAAAAUGACAUCUUCCUUUUCGUGGGUGCAGAAGAAAGUUCUCAUAUCUAGCAUGCAAGUGGCUUUCCGAAUCUCUUAAUAAACUCCCAAUAAUUUUAGUUGUAGUGAAUGCUUCAUUUUCCGGAAAUCCUUAUGAAAUGUUAAAGUUGUUGAAUGAUUGAGAGUUUGAAAGAGAGAAAAGUGAAUAGAGCAAGCAAUAACA